AUGUAUCGAAAGCUAAACAUAGAUGGGCCGGUCACAUCAUGGGAAGAAUCGACGAUAGAUGGACUAAAAGAACGCUAUAGUGGAUCUCAAGACAUGCUAAACGCCCUCGAGGGAGACCGCCAACGAGAUAACACAAACACGUUCCUCGGCUAUUUAUCUGCAUCGAGCGAAUGUGAUGGUGAAGAUCGAGUGAAUUGUGGGCGGUUGUCUAAGGCUGUCCGCAGCGUUCACAACCCUGGGGGCGUUUUUUCGAGCAUAAGCGUCCUUUCGACUACUUGUGACAAAGGGCAAUGA